AUGCCGCUUCUGCUGUCUUUGAUGUCUUUCUUGUGUCUCCACCAUAUUCGGCCAACAGCGUCUGCCUAUAGCAGCGACGGAAAGGUUCGACUUGCUAACGGAUCGACGCCAAAUGAAGGAAGGGUUGAAAUCUACUACAAUAAUCAAUGGGGAACAGUGUGCGAUAAUGGUUGGAAUCUUACUGAUGCAAACGUCGUGUGUAAGCAACUAAACUACACUCGUGCGUACGGGUAUACUACGAGUGCGGACCACGGGGAAGGCUCAGGGAGAAUAUGGAUGAACGACGUUUCGUGUACUUCACGGGAACUGCAAUUGAAGUCGUGUUUGUUCUCGGGUUGGGGUGUACACAACUGCACACACUCGCAAGAUGCUGGAGUAAUUUGUGAGACGUUGCACUUGACAACAGGACUAGUUUCUACGAGCCAACAAAAUUACUCUCAUAGUAACUUCACGACCGCAACUGUUUCUCUGGGUACACAACACUCGUCGCAGCAAGAGUUACCAACGUCUAGUGAAGGAACAACAUUUCUGCAAGAGGUAAACGUUCGACUGAUUGGUGGUCGAAAUGAGCACGAAGGAUUGCUUCAGAUUUACUCAAGAGGUGUAUGGGGCACAGCAAGAAUCUGCUUUCGUGAACAAUGGGGUAAAGAAGAAGCAGAUGUCGUUUGCCAUCAACUGGGCUAUAAUCGCUCAAUCGAAACGAGAACCCCAGGACUCUUUGCCAGAGACGAACCGUACUCUCCCAGAUUCGUCUUCUACCACAUAAAUUGCAAUGGCGACGAAAACUCGCUUUUCGAUUGUCGACUUGCUUUAAUGGUACGCGGUCAGGGAUGUGUAGGUGAAAUCGAUGUGGACGUGGAUGUCGUGUGCUUUCAUACUCCGGCAGCGGAAUCAGCUCUUCUCCUCGUGGUGGUAUGUACAGCAUGCGGAGUAGUGAUCAUAACUAUCUUGUCUUUUGCUCUCAUCUGCAUGGUGGCACGGAAUCGGCGACCGACCGGACCUCCAAUGAGGAGAGCAGAAGACAUUGUACAGGCAAAAGUCGAGAACACGUCCGUGCGGAUUGCCAGAAAAGUAGAGAAUCCGGCCAUGCAGGAUAACACUGCCACAAGAGUGGAGCAUCCAUCAAAUCAGGCUGGCACACGAUCGGGGUAUUCCAACGUGCAGAUUGCCACAAAACCGGAGAAUUCGUACAGGCAGGUCGAUGCACAAGUGGAGCGUUCGACUGUGCAGGACGACUGUUUGGGAAGGGGGAACGCGAAUGCUGACGUGACUGUGCGUAGGUCUCCAGCCGGCUCUGCGUCGUCCGAAGAGCCGCCUUCUUAUCGGUUAGUUGUAGGGUACACUGUUGAUCGUCAGACGGGAACGGUCCGUUCUACUGAUCAACAAGCACCAAGAUGCAAGCUGGUCUACAAAGUCUAGUCAAUUUAUGCUGGAAGUUGGAAUUGUUGGAUAAAAGGACAAAUUGUCUUUAGUGUAGAUUUGGAACAGUAAUGUUGUUUAGUUAGCAAUUAAUUCUACUUUGUCUACAGACUGUCGAACAAAGGCAAGUUUGAGUAGCGUUCAUGGAGCUGAAAUCUUUCUGUA